GCGCGCGCGGGGGGAGGGGGCGCGGCGGAGCGCGAGGCUGGCGUCGGGCCGCCGCCGGCCGGGCGGGAUUAAGUUUCUCGGUCGCCCGUGAGUGUCUGUGCGCGUUUAUCCCGAAGCUCCUCGCCGGGCCGUUACUUCAGCAGAGAAGAGGGCGAGCGGGAGCGAGGCGAGGCUCCCGAGUCCCCGGCGACCCCGGCUCCCCAGCCCUCCUCCCCCUCCGCGUUCCCGCCCGGGGCGGCCGCCGCUAGCCGGAGUUCUGUUUUAGUUGCUGUUUAAAAUCAUUGUAGUGAAGAACACUGAACUUUGGAAAAAAAUGUUAGAAACUAUAGACAAAAAUCGAGCCCUGCAGGCAGCAGAGCGCUUGCAAGCCAAGCUGCGAGAACGUGGAGAUGUAGCCAAUGAAGACAAGCUGAACCUUCUCAAGUCAGUCUUGCAGAGCCCGCUCUUUGGUCAGAUUCUGAACCUUCAGACUUCCGUACAGCAGCUGAAAGAGCAGGUAAACACUACAACAUUGGCAAUUUCAAAUGUCGAAUAUGCUCACAUUCCACAUCUCAGUCCAGCUGUAAUUCCUGUUCUGCAAAAUGAAUUGUUCUUAUCAUCCUCAAAUAAUGGGAAUCUGGAAGUAUUUACAGGAUCUGGUACUCCACACAUCAAUGGGAAACCUACUUGUGAUGAAUUUGAUCAACUAAUCAAGAAUAUGGCCCAGGGUCGCCACAUAGAAGUUUUUGAGCUCCUCAAACCUCCAUGUGGAGGUCUUGGGUUUAGUGUUGUGGGACUCAGGAGUGAAAACCGGGGAGAACUGGGAAUAUUCGUGCAGGAGAUCCAAGAGGGCAGUGUGGCCCACAGAGAUGGAAGAUUGAAGGAAACCGAUCAGAUCCUUGCUAUCAAUGGACAGGCACUUGAUCAGACAAUUACACAUCAGCAGGCUAUCAGCAUCCUGCAGAAAGCCAAAGAUAAUGUCCAGCUAGUUAUUGCCAGAGGCUCAUUGCCUCAGCUCAUCAGCCCCAUAGUUUCCCGUUCUCCAUCUGCAGCCAGCACAAUUUCAGCUCACUCUAACCCGGUUCACUGGCAGCAUGUGGAGACUAUUGAACUGGUGAACGAUGGAUCUGGACUGGGAUUUGGCAUCGUCGGAGGAAAAGCAACUGGAGUGAUCGUAAAAACCAUUCUGCCUGGAGGAGUAGCUGACCAGCAUGGGCGAUUGUGUAGUGGAGAUCACAUUCUAAAGAUCGGUGACACGGAUCUAGCAGGAAUGAGCAGUGAGCAAGUAGCACAAGUGCUCAGGCAAUGUGGAAACAGAGUUAAGUUGAUGAUCGCAAGAGGUGCCAUAGAAGAACCAGCAGCACCCUCUUCUUUGGGCACCACCCUUUCCUCAUCCCCAUCUUGUACACCAGAAAUGCGGGUUGAUGCUUCUACUCAGAAAAGUGAAGAAAGUGAGACAUUUGAUGUAGAACUCACUAAAAAUGUCCAAGGAUUAGGAAUUACCAUUGCUGGUUACAUUGGAGAUAAAAAAUUAGAACCUUCAGGAAUCUUUGUAAAGAGCAUUACAAAGAGCAGUGCUGUUGAACAUGAUGGAAGAAUCCAAAUUGGAGACCAAAUUAUAGCAGUAGAUGGCACAAACCUUCAGGGUUUUACCAAUCAACAAGCAGUAGAGGUGUUGCGACACACAGGACCAACUGUGCACCUGACACUAAUGAGAAGAGGAGCGAAGCAGGAGGCUGAGCUCACGUCAAGGGAGGAUGUCACAAAGGACGCAGUUCCGUCUCCUGUGAAUGCCAGCGGAAGCAAAGAAAAUUAUGAAAAAGAUGAAGAUUCUUCAUCUUUGAGUAGAAACACCAGCAUAUUACCAAUUGAAGAAGAAGGUAAACACCUGGAGCCAGGAUAUCCGUUAUUGUCAGCAGAGAUGGAAGACAUAGAAGAUGCACAACAACAGGAAGCUGCCCUGCUGACAAAGUGGCAAAGGAUUAUGGGGAUUAAUUAUGAAAUAGUGGUGGCCCAUGUGAGCAAGUUCAGUGAGAACAGUGGGUUGGGGAUAAGUCUGGAAGCAACAGUGGGGCAUCAUUUUAUCCGGUCUGUUCUACCAGAAGGUCCUGUUGGACACAGUGGGAAGCUUUUCAGUGGAGAUGAGCUGUUGGAAGUGAAUGGCAUAACUUUGCUUGGGGAAAAUCACCAAGAUGUGGUGAAUAUUUUAAAAGAACUGCCAAUUGAAGUGACAAUGGCGUGCUGUCGACGAACCGUGCCACCCACCAGCCAGUCAGGGUUGGAUAGCCUGGACUUAUGUGAUAUUGAACUGACAGAAAAGCCUCAUGUAGAUCUGGGCGAGUUCACUGGGUCCUCGGAGACUGAGGAACCUGUGCUGGCGAUGACCGAGGCAGCUCAGAAUGCGGAGGAGGUUCAAGGACCUUUGGCCAUGUGGGAGGUUGAUGUGCAGCAUAUUGAACUGGAGAAAGGAAACAAAGGACUUGGUUUUAGCAUUUUAGAUUAUCAGGAUCCCAUUGAUCCAGCAAGCACUGUGAUUGUAAUUCGUUCUUUGGUGCCUGGCGGCAUUGCCGAAAAGGAUGGUCGACUUCUUCCUGGAGAUCGACUCAUGUUUGUCAAUGAUGUUAACUUGGAAAACAGCAGUCUUGAAGAAGCUGUGCAGGCUUUGAAGGGUGCGCCAGCAGGAACUGUGAGAAUCGGAGUUGCUAAACCGUUACCUCUUUCACCAGAAGAAGGGUAUGUUUCUGCUAAGGAGGAUUCCUUUCUCCACCCGCCACACUCCUGCAAGGAGGAAGGGCUGGCUGACAGAGCCCUCUUCAGGGCUGACUUGGCUCUGGUGGACACAAAUGAGGCCGACUUAGCAGAUGAAUCGACACUGGAGUCUCAGUACUCUCCUGAUAAUGACAGUAUCUACUCCACUCAAGCCUCUAUUUUAUCUCUUCACGGCAGUGCUUGUAGCGAUGGCCUGAACUAUGGUCCCUCCCUUCCAUCUUCUCCUCCCAAGGAUGUUAUUGAAAAUUCUUCAGAUCCGGUACUUGAUCUGCGCCUGUCCUUGGAGGAACUAUACACCCAGAAUCUCCUGCAAAGACAGAAUGAGAGUCCAUCUUCAGUAGACUUGAGCAUGGGACCUGCCUCUGGCUUUACUGUAAAUGAUUAUACCCCUGCAAAUGCUAUUGAACAGCCAUACAAAUGUGAAAACACAAGAACAUGGGCUGAAUCUCACCUACCAAAUGAAAUGAUACCAAGUGCAGAACUUACUUCUCCCAUGCUACCUGAUUCAACUGGAAAGGGGGCCGAGUUCUUAAUUCAGCAGAGCUCCCUGACCUCAACUGCGGAGUGCGUCAUGCUCCAAAACCUAUCCAAAGAAUCGUUUGAGAGGACUCUUACUAUAGCAAAAGGCAACUCCAGCCUAGGGAUGACAGUGAGUGCUAAUAAAGAUGGCUUGGGGAUGAUUGUUCGAAGCAUUAUUCAUGGAGGUUCCAUUAGUCGAGAUGGCCGGAUUGCUGUUGGGGACUGCAUCUUAUCUAUUAAUGAAGAAUCUACUAUCAGUUUAACCAGUGCCCAGGCACGAGCGAUGUUGAGAAGACACUCUCUCAUUGGGCCUGACAUAAAAAUUACUUAUGUGCCCGCAGAACAUUUGGAAGAGUUCAAAAUAAGUUUGGGGCAACAAUCUGGAGGAAUAAUGGCCCUGGAUAUUUUUUCUUCAUCCUCUGGCAGAGACAUUCCAGAACUACCAGAGCGAGAAGAAGGAGAGGGAGAAGAAAGUGAGCUUCAAAAUUCAGCAUACAGUAAUUGGAACCAGCCCAGGCGGGUUGAACUUUGGAGAGAACCAAGCAAAUCCUUGGGCAUCAGCAUUGUUGGUGGAAGAGGCAUGGGGAGUCGUCUAAGCAACGGUGAAGUGAUGAGGGGCAUUUUCAUCAAACACGUUCUUGAAGAUAGUCCAGCUGGCAAAAAUGGAACCUUGAAACCUGGAGAUAGAAUAGUAGAGGUGGAUGGAAUGGACCUCAGAGAUGCAAGCCAUGAGCAAGCUGUGGAAGCCAUUCGGAAAGCAGGCAACCCCGUAGUCUUUAUGGUACAGAGCAUUAUAAACAGACCAAGGAAAUCCCCUUUGCCUUCCUUGCCGCACAACCUUUACCCUAAGUACAACUUCAGCAGCACUAACCCAUUUGCUGAUUCUCUACAGUUCAACGCUGACAAGGAAUUACAGAAUUCAAGUAGAGUUACCUUCCGUUGUUCCCCAACUAACCCUUUUGCUCCCACACCAUUUAAGGCACCCAGUCAGUCAGAAUCAGAGCCGGAAAAGGCUCCAUUGUGCAGUGCGCCUCUGCCCCCUUCUUCAGCAUUUGCAGAAAUGAGCGGUGAUCAUACACAGUCGUCUGCAAGCAAAAUCACAGAAGACGUGGACGAAGGGGAUGAGUUUGGUUACAGCUGGAAAAAUAUCAGAGAGCGUUACGGAACCCUAACAGGAGAGCUACAUAUGAUUGAGCUGGAGAAAGGUCGUAGUGGUUUGGGUCUAAGUCUUGCUGGGAACAAAGACCGAUCCAGGAUGAGUGUCUUUGUAGUGGGGAUUGAUCCAAAUGGAGCAGCUGGGAAAGAUGGUCGACUGCAGAUUGCAGAUGAACUUCUAGAGAUCAAUGGUCAAAUUUUAUAUGGAAGAAGUCAUCAGAAUGCUUCUUCAAUCAUUAAAUGUGCUCCUUCUAAAGUAAAAAUAAUUUUUAUCAGAAAUAAAGAUGCGGUGAGUCAGAUGGCUGUAUGUCCUGGAAAUACAGUAGAACCUUUGCCUUCUACCUCAGAGAAUUCUCAAAAUAAGGAGGCUGAGCCAAGUGGUACUACUUCUGAUGCAGCUGUGGACCUCUAUUCAUUUAAAAAUGUGCAACAUCUGGAGCUUCCCAAGGAUCAAGGGGGUUUGGGCAUUGCUAUCAGUGAGGAAGAUACGCUCAGUGGAGUCGUCAUAAAGAGUCUAACCGAGCAUGGGGUGGCAGCCAAGGAUGGACGGCUCAAAGUUGGAGAUCAGAUUUUGGCUAUAGAUGAUGAAGUUGUUGUUGGCUAUCCUGUUGAAAAGUUUAUUAGCCUUUUGAAAACAGCAAAGACAACAGUGAAACUUAGCAUUCAUGCUGAGAAUCGCGACCCCCUGGCUGGGACGGCCAGUGGAGAACAGAAGAGCAGCUCCUUGUCUCCGACGGCCCCGUCUUCUGGCUCCCCAGAACCAGAGUCCAUCCCAAGUACAAGCAGGUCAUCAACACCAGCGAUCUUUGCUUCUGAUCCUGCAACCUGCCCCAUUAUCCCAGGCUGCGAAACAACAAUUGAGAUUUCCAAAGGGCGAACAGGGCUGGGCCUGAGUAUUGUUGGAGGGUCGGACACUCUGCUGGGUGCCAUUAUUAUCCACGAAGUUUAUGAAGAAGGAGCAGCUUGUAAAGAUGGAAGACUCUGGGCUGGAGAUCAGAUUCUAGAGGUGAAUGGAAUUGACUUGAGAAAGGCCACGCAUGAUGAAGCAAUACAUGUCCUGAGACAGACCCCACCAAGAGUGCGCCUGACGCUCUACAGAGAUGAGGCCCCAUACAAAGAGGAAGACGUGUAUGACACCCUCACUGUCGAGCUGCAGAAGAAGCCAGGGAAAGGCCUGGGAUUAAGUAUUGUUGGGAAAAGAAAUGAUACCGGAGUGUUUGUGUCUGACAUCGUCAAAGGAGGGAUUGCUGAUGCUGACGGAAGACUGGUGCAGGGAGACCAGAUACUAACGGUGAAUGCAGAAGACGUCCGGCAUGCCACCCAGGAAGCUGUGGCUGCUUUGCUGAAGUGUUCCCUAGGCACAGUGACCUUGGAAGUUGGAAGAAUCAAAGCUGGUCCAUUCCAUUCAGAGAGGAGGCCUUCUCAGAGCAGCCAGAUGAGUGAAGGCAGCCUGUCAUCAUUCACUUUUCCACUUUCUGGAUCCAGUACCUCUGAGUCACUGGAAAGUAGCUUGAAGAAGAAUGCAUUGGCAUCUGAAAUACAGGGAUUAAGAACAGUUGAAAUAAAAAAGGGGCCUACUGACUCACUGGGAAUCAGCAUUGCUGGAGGAGUGGGCAGCCCACUUGGGGAUGUUCCCAUAUUUAUUGCAAUGAUGCACCCAAAUGGAGUUGCAGCUCAGACCCAGAAACUCAGAGUUGGGGACCGGAUUGUCACUAUCUGUGGCACUUCCACUGAGGGGAUGACUCAUACCCAAGCAGUUAACUUACUGAAAAAUGCCUCAGGCUCCAUUGAAAUGCAGGUGGUUGCUGGAGGAGAUGUGAGUGUGGUCACAGGUCAUCAGCAGGAGCCGGCCACUUCUAGUCUUUCUUUCACUGGGCUGACAUCAAGCAGUAUAUUUCAGGAUGAUUUAGGACCUCCUCAGUGUAAAUCUAUUACACUAGACCGAGGACCAGAUGGCUUAGGCUUUAGUAUAGUCGGAGGAUAUGGCAGCCCUCAUGGAGACUUACCCAUUUAUGUUAAAACAGUGUUUGCGAAGGGAGCAGCCUCGGAAGACGGGCGUCUCAAAAGGGGUGAUCAGAUCAUUGCUGUCAAUGGGCAGAGUCUGGAAGGGGUGACCCACGAAGAAGCUGUGGCCAUCCUCAAGCGGACGAAGGGAACUGUCACUUUGAUGGUUCUCUCCUGAAUUUACUGCAGAGUGGGGCCAACUCAGCCCCCUGCUCCCAUCCCACACUGUGAAGGGAAUGGAACUGCUCUUGCGGAUAACUUUCCCCUGCACCGUCUUCAUCAGGCUCUUCAGAACUUGGGGGGGAAGUACCAUUUAAGUUUUUUUUCUCAUGUGGAAAUGAUUUUCUGGCAACCUAGCAUCAUUUUUCCUUUCUCCUUGGAUUUUGUGAACAUAAACUCAAAGGGAAGGACUGUGUGCAUAGAUAAACCCAAUCUUCGUAAAGAUGUCUGACAUUCGGCAGUCACAUGUGCAGAAAUUAUGAUGUGCUGAACUGGUUAGUAGAGAAAGAAAAAAAGCGAAAACUAAGAAAUGGCUUUAGUAAAUUAGGGUGAGAAUGAAAAUAUAAAAGAAAAAAGAAAAUCUCAAGUUUUAUAUAAAAAAUGCUUCAUUCUUGUCAGUCCCAACUCCUCCCCAUUUCUAACUAGAAAAGAAAAUAAAACAUUUUUCUCUAUUGAAAAUCCUUAAAAAUACUCUGUAUUUAAAUAUUUGAAUAUUAUAAAAAAUUGCAUAUCCCCUCCUUUAAUAUACCCAUACAUAUUUUCCUCCUAAAAUGGGUUUCUAAGAUUGAGUAAAUAGCAAUUAUAUGAAGCAGUGUCCCUAAGUUGGUAAAGAACACAGCUGAUGCAAAUCUUGAUGUUCAUUUUUAUUUUUGACCUGUUACGAAAUAUUUUCAUGUUUCUGUAAGUAAGAUGGUGAUGCCACCCACUAUUGACUGUGGUUUCUCUAGAAAGCAGCCGUGCUAGCCACGGAGGAACAUGGAAGUCUCUCAGAAUCUUUAAUGCUGGUUUUAACCGAUGCAACACUAAAAAUGCAUGCUGUGCAAUUGGUUUUCAGUUACUAUUAAUCUUAAUGACAGAGAAAAAAGCAAUGUGUUAGUAAUUAUUUUGGUUGUGUGCCAUUAGUAAAUUGAUAGAAAAAUUAAGGGGAUUAACAUAACUUCAUUUCAUUGCCUUAUAUUAACAUCUUAUAAUACAAUAGUUUAAGACUAAGGGAAACAGAUGGAGCUGUUUAUUGAGACAACUGGUGAGGAAUUAUCAUGUGUUCAUUCCCAUUUUAGAGCGUGAAACUCCUACAUUAGAAUAUAUAAAGUCACUUUAAAUAUUAUCUAUAUUUGUAACAGAAGUAGUGUACAGAUAUUUUAUUACAGCACUUUUGUGUAAAUGGAGAACCGAAGUGAAUAAAUAACAAGUUUCAUGGUGCACAAAUAAA